AUGGCACCACGCCAAUUCUCUUGGGUCGAGCUUGUUCUGUGCCUGGCCGCCCCAAACUUGUCGACUGACGCCAACCCUUUCCCGCAUCUGUCUAUUGUUCCGAGCCUGACGACCAAGAGCACGUCUCGCAAGGCUGGUCUCUUGCGUUAG